UUCUCUGAAUUGCUUUUGUUCUCAAAUGGGUCACUUUUGAAACCAUGUUUGUUCAUAUUCUUUCAUUUUCUUGUUUCUAUUAUGUGUUUUGGUUUCUUUGAAUCCAUAAUUGAAGCCAAUAGUGAAGAAAGGCGAACCACGCGACGAAGAAUCAGCCGCGACUUUGUUGUCUUCCAAUCUCAGUGGUCUUGCGAUCUACACUCUUGGGUGUCUUAAGAGUAUGGGAAUUCCUGAACAUCGAAAAUGGAUGUAUAAAAGACUUCUUCCCAAUCGUGCUGGAAUGAGAAUUGAAUUUGUUAGUGGUGUUAAGAAUUUUAUAGAACAAGCAAUUAGGCAACCUGAGUUUACAGAUAAUGGGGGUAAGCUUAGGUGUCCUUGCAGUAAACAUAGAAACAUAGAUUUCUUAACUCCAGGUGAGGUUACCCUUGAUUUGUAUAAGCAUGGUUUCCAACCAAGCUAUUGGUGUUGGGAUUCUCAUGGGGAGAGUUCUUUAAGCUCAAGUAGUAGAAAUGCAAAUAAUGUGAACAGAGAAAGCACUUGCAACCAGCCGUCAAGUUUUGAGUCACAAAGAAAUAACUAUGAGGCUAUGAUUGUUGAUGUUAUUAGGCCAGAAAAUUUGGACCAAUUUGAGCCACAGUAGGAGGAACCUCCAAACAGGGAAGCCAAACUCUUUUAUGAUUUGUUACAAUCUGCGCAACGACCAUUGUGGGAGGGUUGUGAUACCCACUCUGAAUUAUCUAUGGCGGUUGAACUGUUGACUAUUAAAUCUGAGGGGAAUAUGUCUCAAAAAGGAUUUGAUAAGCUACUAAAAACUAUGAAGAAGGGUAUGCCUAAGGAUAACUGUCUCGUCCCUAAUUUCUACUAUGCAAAGAAGUUGGUAUCAAAGCUUGGAAUGGAAAGUAAAGUAAUAGAUUGUUGCAUCAACGGUUGUAUGUUGUACUACAAAGACUACGAAAUGGCAAAAGAAUGUCAGUUCUGCCAUGCUCCAAGGUAUAGGGUAGGUAAAGGGGGUAAAGAGUUAGCUUUAAAGAGUAUGCAUUAUCUACCGAUCACACCAAGGUUAAAGAGACUAUACGCGUCAGAAAAUUCUGCACGCCAUAUGAGAUGGCAUUAUGAGCACCAACAAGUUGAGGGUGUCCUUGAACAUCCUUCUGAUGCAGAAGCAUGGAAGCAUUUUGAUCAAAAGUAUUCAGAAUUUGCUUCUGAAUCACGCAACGUAAGACUUGGAUUAUGUUCUGAUGGAUUUACUCCUUUUGGUCAAUCUGCUUCUCCAUAUUCAUGUUGGCCUGUAAUAGUGACUCCAUACAACCUCCCUCCAUGGAUGUGUAUGUCUACUCCUUAUUUGUUUUUGACAAUGAUCAUUCCCGGCCGUAGAAAUCCCAAAAGUAAGAUAGAUGUGUAUUUACAGCCAUUGAUUGAUGAGUUAAAGUCAUUGUGGGACGAGGGGGCUUUAACCUAUGACAGCAUAUGGAAUGUUGUCAGGAUGGAUGACAGCCGGAAAAAUGGCAUGUCCUUGUUGUAUGCAUCACACAAAAGCAUUCCGAUUGGAGAAUGGUGGUAAGUCAUCAUGGUUUGACUGUCAUAGAAAAUUCUUGCCAAGUGAUCACCCAUUUAGAAGAAAUAAGGAUGGAUUUUAUAAGAAUAGGGUUGUGAGAUCAGAACUGCCUCCUAGGUUGACCGGCGAACAAGUAUGGAAUGAAGUUCAGACAAUGCCAAUGAUAAUGGACAAUAUUGAUGAAGUUCGAAUUCCAGGUUAUGGAGAUAAACAUAAUUGGAAAAAACGAAGCAUUUUUUGGGAAUUGCCUUAUUGGAGCACUAACUUGAUUCGACACAAUCUUGAUGUCAUGCAUAUUGAGAAAAAUGUAUUUGAUAAUGUGUUUAAUACUGUUAUGGACAUCAAAGGAAAAACUAAAGAUAAUAUAAAGGCAAGAAUGGAUUUGAAGUUAUAUUGCAAGCGCAAGGACUUAGAAUUACUUGAACACAGUAAUGGGAGGACCAUAAAGCCCAAGGCAAACUACACAUUUACUCUGGAGCAAAAAAGAGCAAUUUGUGAAUGGGUAAAAUGUUUAAAGAUGCCAGAUGGAUAUGCUUCAAACUUGGCUAGAUGUGUUGACAUGAAGGAAGGAAAGUUACAUGGAAUGAAAAGUCAUGAUUGUCAUGUGUUCAUGGAACGCUUGCUUCCAAUUGCUUUUAGCUCAUUACCAGAUCAAACAUGGAAAGCUAUAACCGAGCUUAGUCAGUUCUUUAGAGAUCUAUGCUCAACAUCAGUACGAGUAGAUGAUCUUAUUAGCCUUGAGAAAAAUAUUCCAAUAGUGAUAUGUAAAUUGGAACGCAUUUUUCCUCCGGGUUUUUUUGACUCAAUGGAACACCUACCCAUUCACUUACCAUAUGAAGCAAGAGUUGGAGGUCCAGUGCAAUAUAGAUGGAUGUAUCCCUUUGAGAGAUUUCUCCAUCACCUUAAAAAGAAGGUUAAAAAUAAGGCACGUGUUGAAGGAUCAAUAAUUGAGUCAUACCUUAUUGAGGAGAUUUCUCAAUUUUGCACGUAUUAUUUCGAGACAAGUGUGCAAUCCAACAAUACUAGCAUUGGAAGAACAGGGGGUGAUCAUGAUUUGGCACAAUCUUUAUUUCCCAUUUUUAAUUUGCCUGGUAGAUUUGCUGGUCAAUGCAAAAGUCGUUUUUUGGAGGAUAAGGAAUUUACUGCUGCCAUGAAUCAUGUAUUAAUCAAUUGUGAUGAGAUUCAACCCUAUAUUGAGAUCUUUGUUGAGACACUACGAAAAACUCAUCCUAAUAUGAGCGAUGAACAUGCUGAUAAAUGCAUUGAAGAAAACUUUGCAGCAUGGUUAAAAGAAUAUGUUGACAAUCCUUCAAAUAAUGUGCUAGAUCCAAAUAUACAUGCUUUAGCAUGGGGUCCUUUAAGAAUUGUAAAAACUUGGCCUAUUUACUUUGUGAAUGGCUUCAAAUUUCACACGAAAGCACAUUCAAUUGGAAAGUCUACUAUGAAUUGUGGAGUGUGUGUUAAAGGUACGGGCUAUGGUGACUAUGAAAAUGACUUUUAUGGUCAACUUGAAGAAAUAGUUCAAAUUGAAUAUCCUAGAAUACCACUGAAGAAGGUUGUGUUGUUUAAAUGUGAGUGUUUUGAUCCUACAAUUGAUAGAGGAACAAGGCUUAAUAAACAAUAUGGAAUCAUUCAAAUUCGACAUAAUCGACAUUAUGGGAAGUAUGAUCCAUUUAUUGUUGCAGAUAAGGCAAUUCAAGUUUAUUUUGCUCCACAUCCAAUAUGCUCUAGGAUUAAUGCAGAUUGGUGGUUUGUAGUCAAAACAAAGGCAAGAGGUGUGAUUGAGGAUCAACAAGUUGAUGACUCUGCAUAUCAAGAGGAUUUUCUGGAUCAAAAUAUGGUUGGCAUCUCAGCUGACAUAGAUUUGCCUGCGAAUUUACUAGAUGUUGAGGGAAGAUUUGAUGAGCCUUGA